AGUCGGUCAUCUCGGACAUGUCGCACCUGCUCGCGCUGGCCGCGAGGAACGCGCGAACCAACAUCCGGGACAUUCAGGUCCGCGCCAAAACCGUCAGCCGGGACUUCGCCUCGCUCUUCUCUCGAAUGGAGGAGCUGGACAUCAAGGAGGUCCCUCGGAUAGCGCAGACGGUCACCGAGGCGAUCCAAAGCUUCGUGCGAGAGUACGUGAUCUCGCAUCCGGACGGUCAGGCCUCGCACGUGCAGAACCUCGACAAACUGCGCUCCCUGAUGGAGAAGAUGCUGGAGUACGUCAAGUCCUGCGGCCAGAUGAACCGCACGUUCAAGGUCGACGAUCUGGUGGAAGUGCUGGCCUCGCUAGCGCAGGCCUUCAACCACCUGGUCGAUCUCAUUCUCGGCGAAGAAGUUAAGGUGAUGCUGAGCUCGCUGUCGCCGGAGCGCGACGUGCUCUGCCUGAAGCUGGGCCUGCGCUCGCUGACCUCUGUCGGCCUGGACGGCGGCCGGCUGUGUCGCGUGCUGUGUGCGCACGGCGCCGUCUCGCGGCUGGUGGCGCUCGUCUCCGGCCGCCGCCGCCAGCUGCGGCCGCAGGCGCUGCGCGCGCUCGCCACCGUCUGCUGCGUCUCGCAGGGCAUCAAGGCCUUCGAGAAGGCGGACGGUCUCCGGCUGGUGACCGGGAUUUUGGCGGACCCCCGCUCCACCGAGGAGGAGCGCUCCGAGUGCGCCGGCGUCAUCGCGCAGGUCACCUCGCCCUGGGUGGACAGCAUCCACCACGUGCGCGGCAUCAGCGACCACGUGGAGGACAUCAUACGCGAGCUGACUGGUCUGGCGGCGACCACCGACUCUGUGGAGACGCUGCUGCUGGCCUCGGCGGCGCUGGCCAACCUGACGUUCCUCAACAUCGGCGCCGUCCGCCUCCUGCUGCACAACGGCGCCGCCAAGGUGCUGGUGCACGCCACGCGCAACGCCGACAACUGCUCCCUCUUCCUCAAGGAUCAGGUGAGGUCGCGCGCCGUCGGACGCAGCGUCCUGUCCCUUAGGCGAUGUGUGUAGCAAGGUUUCGUUUCCUCAGGUCGUGUAGCAAUGUUGCAAAGACACACUCACGGGCUGACACGUAAUACGGGAACUACAGCACAGCUCGCAGUCGGC